GAACUAUAGGACUUGAAUCUUGUGGGGACCAUGCCUGAGAGCCUCGGACAACUGACUGCGCUCUCGGAUCUGUAAGUUACUACAUCUCGUACUCCGGUUGCUGUUCCUUUGUUGUAGUCUGUGGCCUUCUCUGAGAUACACUGGAUCAUCCAUAAAACUCAUGCGCCUGUGAGUCUCCUGCCGUCCUGAAACCGUGUGUCGAUCGAAGGCCCCCUCUGCUUUUGACUCUAAUCCUCGACAAUACCAUUUCCCUUGUGUCGGACAGAACUGACGGAAACGUCAAUCUCUGCUCUGCAACGGAGAAUUGUCCGGACCUUGCUGCUCCUGGACCGGGAGGCGACAGCAAGAGUAGUGGAGUCAGCGGGGCGGUCAUCGGUGUCGCCGUCGGGGGCGUGGUCGUCGUUUCCCUCAUCCUCGUUCUCUUGCUCUUCUUAUACUGCAGGAGAAGCAGACGCCCGCCUUCCGUUCACGCGGCCAUGAGUGAAACCGCCAGCAGCGAUGUCAAGGGUAAAAUUGCACCAGUGUUAAUUGAACAUUCCGAGUCUCUCGGUGAGUUUUCGAUACUGAUAUGCCGGACGAAAUCCUGGAGCAUCAUAUCUUGCAGGAGAAAGGAGCAGUAGCACCAUCAAGUCGCAGUGGGGCAUCGACAGCUGGUCACGUGAACCAGGCCAGAGGUUUCUUUCUGGCUGAGGUGCAGCGUGCAACGAAUGGAUACGAGAAGAAAAUCGGAGAGGGCGGAUUCGGACUUGUCUAUCACGGGAAACUUCCCGAUGGAUCCGAAGUAGCUGUGAAAGUAAACUCUGAAAAGUCCGGUCAAGGGACAACGGAGUUCAUCAACGAGGUUUCUCUUCUCUCGAGAGUGCACCACAGGAACCUCGUGUCGCUGGUCGGUUACUGCGAAGAGAGUGGGCAGCAAAGUCUGGUCUAUGAAUACAUGUCCAAAGGGACUCUGCGUGAGCAUCUCUACGGCAAAGACAUGAAGGGCACUCUAACCUGGACCGAACGACUCAACAUCGCCAUCGAUGCCGCCAAAGGUACGAGGCUGCCACCAAAUGAGGCUCAGAUCAGAGUCAGCACGCAAAGAUCCCGACGUGAUUUCAGUCUCGGUUACCGAUAGGUGGCAUGCGAACCUCUGAUGAGCAGGAUGAAUCAUUUCCAGGCUUGGAGUCCCUUCACAACGACUAAUGGACACGACAACCAUAUGCCUCGAUCGCCAGAAAAAUUCUCUGAUCUUUUUGUUCCAACUCCCAGUCGCAUGGAUUAUUUUGAAAACUCAAAACCAACCUACGAGCAGCAGCAGAAGCCGCAGGAGCGGCAGGAGGAAGUCGCCAGGAAUGUAGCCGCCACCGAUAGAGAC